AUGCCCCGGAGCAUUCGCGUGUCUUCACCCACCGAAAGUACUUCAAAUGGUGUGCAAAGCCCACAUACAACUGCGAAUACGUCUUACUCCCAGUCUCAUGCCCUCUUCGUGGAACUGUUACCGGCGGGCAGCGGCCAGAACAACCAGAAAUUCCAAGGCUACAUUGCCUGCGACCAUAAUAAGCCCGCUCGCCUGGAGCUUGUUGACCUCAACAGCCUGAAAGACCCCGCGAACACAACUUACCUUUCCUCUGACGACUCGUCUGACGCCAGUGAGGCCUCGACGGUAGUGGGCAUAGAGCAGGACGGCAAGGGCAAGAGCAACGGCAAGAGCAACGGCAAGAGCAAUGGCAAGAGCAAUGGCAAGAGCAAGGGCAGGUGCGAGGACGACCACAAGGGCAAGAAAAAGUACGACAACGAAGAUGACAACAACGAUAAGGGCAUGCGCAAGGACAAGGCCCGUCCGGAAACUUCUCGUCCAGAUGUGCCUCCCCCAGAUAAGCCUCGUCCAGCUGCGCCCCGUCCAGACACACCUCAUCAAGACGUGCCCGACGACGAAAACCCCCAGUUCACCCGUCAGUACAUCCGGGAGCACUUCGGUCAGCCCGUCGUUUCUCAGCCCUACCUUAAAGGCCUCAAAGGCCUCAAAGGCCACAAAAGAGUCCACUCCAACCUCAAGGACGAGCAAAGAGUCCAGCUCGACCUCGAAGGCAAGAAAAGAGUCUACUUCAAAGACCAAAACACAGCCAAACAACCUGCGCCUUCCUCUCCAUGGGAUGCCCCAGCUUCUCCCGACCGCAAGAGCAAGAAAAGAGCUUAUUUCCAAGGCCAAGAGACAGUCAAACAACCUGUGCCUUCCUCUCCAUGGGUUGGCUUAGCUUCUGUACCGCAGAAUACGUGGGCUCUAGACCGCUAUCCGUCCCCGGACAAGUCCCCUGCUCGUACUAGGUCAAGUGCAGAAUACGCAGUCUACGACGACGAAGACCGCGACGGAUUCUACUAUGGCCCAGCUCACGACUCAAGCUCAAUGCGGCUUCGGUACUCAAACGAAGAAGAGCAUCUGACCAACUUUGAGAAGAUCAUGCAGCAUAACGUUACCGCUAUGGCUGUCGUCACGAAGGCCCUCAUAUCAGCCAAUGACGCCGUCUCCACGCUCGAGUCAAGUGGGCACGAAUUACCAACAGACGACGGAGAGGACGACGGAGAGGACGACGGAAAGGACGGCGCCAACGGACGACAGUGCUGGAUAUCGGAUCCCUCGGACGACGACGACGACUGA